AUGGUUAAGAUAAAUACAGUUACAUCAAAAGAUGUAGAUACUUGUUUAAGUAAUGUAUUAAAUAUUGCCGAAGGUGCAAGAGUUUUACUAACUAAAAACCUGGAUGUAUCAGAUGGAUUAUGUAAUGGUGUAUUUGGUUAUGUUCGUCAUAUUGCCUUUGAUAAAGAUGAACAUGCGAAACUGAUUUAUGUAGAAUUUGAUAAUAAAAAAGUUGGAGCCAAAGUUCGAAAAGAGACAGUUUUACCAGAAAAUGUACAAAGUGAUUGCAUUCCAUUUGGCAGACAAGAGGAAAAAAUAAAUUACCGCAAUGACAUAAGGCGUCAAUUCCCACUGAAACUGGCAUAUAGCUGUUCUAUUCAUAAGACACAAGGUAUGACGAUGUCUAAUAUAUUUGUUUCAUUACAAAAAGUUUUUGCGGCUGGUCAAGCGUAUGUGGCGUUAUCUCGCGUUACAUCUUUGAAUGGACUUGUUGUUAAAGAUUUUAAUGAGAAGCUUAUAUAUUGUGAUAAGGCUAUAGCAGAUGCAUUGAAUGAAAUGCCCCUUUAUAUUGAACCAACUAAUGAAGGACGUUCAGCAACUGUGAUAAUUCUCCGUAAUAUACAAGGUUUAAACUCACAUUUUGAAGAUUUAAAAAAUGACAAUAGAUUUACUGAGUGUGAUUAUAUAUGUUUAACCGAAACUUGGCUAAAUGAGGUUGAAGGCAGAAAUUUUGAACUGAAUGAUUUUAGUUUACACAAUAAAUCAAGACAAGUAUCUUAUGAUAAUUCUCAGAAUUUUACAGAAUUAAAAAACACACUCCAUGGUGGGGUUGGCUUAUAUUACAGAAAGAAUAGAAUAUGUCAUUUAUAUAAUUUAGGUGUAUUUAAUAUUGAGCAUAUCACAUUUGGUUUACCAGAGAUAAAUCUGACUAUAGUUGUCAUAUACAGGCCACCAUGUUAUAAAACUGAUUUAUUUAUUACAUAUUUACAGAAAUUAUUAGAUGAACUUGAUGACUUUGGAAGUAGUGUUAUGAUAAUGGGUGAUUUUAAUGAAGAUAUUUUAAAAGGUAAAGCUGGUAUACAACAAUGUAUGGAGAGGAAUUUUUAUAAGCAGUGUGUCACAGAAAUUACAACUGAUGGAAAUACUAUUUUAGAUCUUAUUUUUGUGAAGAAUUUUAAUGUCAGUACUUUAAAACUAAGAAUAUUGCAAACAUAUUUCAGUUAUCAUAAUGCAAUUGCUAUUGGAAUAAGUUGA